ACUUUACGCUUAUCAAAAGAGAAUCAAAGAUUUGUCGGAGUCUCACAGAGCCGAUACAUUCAGUCCUUCAAACAUGGCUUCUCUUACUCCCUCCUCGCUCGCUUUCCUCUGUCUUCAUCUGCUUCUACUACUGCUUUCAGGAGGAGCUUAUGGAGCGACAUUCACUAUUACGAACAAGUGCAGCUACACAGUUUGGCCUGGCAUUUUAUCGAACGCUGGAACUGCACAACUUUCAUCAACAGGAUUCGCUGUUCAACCUGGCGAAUCCACCUCUCUCCCCGUCCCCACCUCCUGGUCUGGCCGCUUAUGGGGACGAACAUUCUGCUCUCAAGACUCCACAACUGGGAAAUUCACCUGCUUAACCGCCGAUUGCGGCUCCUCCACAAUCGAAUGUGCAGGAGGAGGCGCCGUUCCACCUGCAACACUGGCUGAAUUCACUCUGAACGGGGCCAACGGGCUCGACUUCUACGAUGUCAGCCUCGUCGAUGGCUACAACCUCCCAAUGCUGAUCACACCACUGGGAGGCGGUAACUGCACCACCACGGGAUGUCUUGUGGACUUGAACCGCGCGUGUCCGGCGGAACUGAAGGUAACAGAAAGCAUUAAUGGCGAGGGAGUGGCGUGCAAGAGUGCGUGCGAGGCAUUUGGGGACCCACAGUAUUGCUGUAGCGGGGCCUACGACACUCCGGACACGUGUAAACCCAGCUCCUACUCGCAACUCUUCAAGAGCGCCUGUCCACGCGCUUACAGCUACGCUUACGACGACGGUACCAGCACCUUCACUUGCCCCGCCGCGGACUACGUAAUCACCUUCUGCCCUGCCCCUCCGUCUACAACCCAAAAGUCAUCGGACGGGCAGUACCCGGUUGCAGUAACAGUCUCCUCCGCAGCUACUUCCAAAACGUCGUCGUAUCUGAUUGGCGGUGUAGUUGCUGCUUUGUUGGCGAUUUGGCGGUUGUGAGUCUUGUGACAUCAUGAGCUCAUGUUUGACCCAGUUUUCAUGAGUGGGAGGACAGAAGGAGUGGAGCCCACGUGACAGGUUGUCAGUAGAUGGACGGCCCAUACCGGCCUGGCCUGCAAUUCAAGUUGAAGGAUAAAGAAAGAAGAGUCCAAGGAGAGUGGACGAAGGAAGUAACUUUCUAAGUAGUGUUUGGUAAUCCAUGGAAAUCUUUGUUUUUUAAACGAAAUUUUAAAAUGUUCUAACUUUCAAAAUAUAUGUUAAAUUUUAAAAAAAUUUACAUAUUUAGAAUCAGCGUAUAAAACUCUUUCUAACAA